AUGUUGGCAAUUCAAAGGCCAGACAAGACAUAAUCGAGCGUUCAAACAAUAGUUGGAAUAGUGAAUUCAAUGGUUGGAUCAUUAUGCUUAGUUUUACCCUUAGUAUUUUUGAAUUAUGGAGUGAUAUCCUGUACAGUGAUAAUGAUAAUAUUGGGAUUUGUUUAAUACAAUACUUGUUCUCUUUUAAUACUUCAUUUGAAAGAUUAAGAAGUAGAUACUGAACAUAUGAUCAAGAGAAUUUUAGGAAAGUAAUGGAUGUAAGCCUUCAGAUUUUGUUCUGGCACUCUCUUAUUUAUAGUCGGCAUAAUAUACUUCUAAUUGAUCAAUCUCACGUUAUACCCAAUUAUAACAUACAUUCUAAGCUAUAAUGAUAUUGAGUUUGCCGAUGCAAGUGAACAUUUUGUAUUUAAUAAAUUUUCAAUUUAAUGGUAAGCCUUGAUAGUCUUUCUUCCACUAUCAACAUUACUGUUAAUCAAGGAUAUUACAACAAUAGUUAAAAUAGCUCAUUACGGAGUAAUUGCUUUAUUUGCAUAUGGAAUUUUUAUUAUUUAUAUUUUUAUAGUAAAUCUAGCAAGUGAGGAUAUUUCAUAAAAAUUUGAAUAAAUAACUUUAUGGUCAUGGGAAUUCAGUUAGCCUGCCGGUUAAUUUGCUUUAGCCUUUAUGAUUCACAAUGCAAUAGGACAAUUAAUUAAAAAUAAUGAGAAGAGGGAUAACAAUUCUAGAGAUUUGGCUAUAGCUUAUGGGAUUUCAGGGAUGAUCUAUGGGAUAGUGGGAAUAUUUGGUUCUAUUGGGAUUUGGUAAUGCAUCAAAAUUAUUUAGGGUUUUGAAAAUGUUUCUGAUGCUUAAACAAUUCUGAACUGUUUUAAGAAAUCGGAUGUGGAGAUCAUUAUAAUAGAGAGUCUAUUUUUAGUGCAUUUGGUUACAGCAUUUCCAAUAUUUAAUAACAUUAGCAAAUAUUAGAUUUUGGAAGUACUUUAUCAUAAGAGGGAACCAUCAAAAAAAGUGUAUUGGGGAUUCAGCGUUCUGUUUAUGAUUCUGUGUUUAACAACUCAAAUUUUGAACAUUCCUGUUGGACUUGUGAUUUCAUUUGAUGGAGCAGUUUGUGGGUUCUUGUUGGUAUACAUAGUUCCAAUCAGCUUGCAUCUGAAAUGCUAUUACACUUAGAAUAAAGUCACCUUGAUAGGGGAUGACGAUGAUGAAUGUAAUACUCACGCAAAUUGCGUGAAUCAUAAGGAUAAGAAUUCAAUUCCAAUGUUCGCUAGAAUUGCAUUCUAUGCUUUGAUGAUGGGAAUCGGAAUAUACAAUUUAAUUGUAUAAUUUUAUGAUAUAUUUAAAUCCUGA